CCAAGAAGCCGCCGGCCCGCGCGGACCCAGAGCAAGAAGGGGGCAAACAAGAAGAUGCCUCGGCCCGGCCGCAACACGUACAGCGACCAAAAGCCGCCCUACUCGUACAUCUCGCUGACCGCCAUGGCCAUCCAGAGCUCGCCGGAGAAGAUGCUGCCGUUGAGCGAGAUCUACAAGUUCAUCAUGGACCGCUUCCCCUACUACCGGGAGAACACGCAGCGUUGGCAGAACAGCUUGCGCCACAACCUCUCCUUCAACGACUGCUUCAUCAAGAUCCCGCGGCGGCCAGACCAGCCAGGCAAGGGCAGCUUCUGGGCGCUGCACCCCAGCUGCGGGGAUAUGUUUGAGAACGGCAGCUUCCUGCGGCGCCGCAAGCGCUUCAAGGUGCUCAAGUCCGACCACCUGGCGCCCAGCAAGCCCGCCGACGCCGCGCAGUAUCUGCAGCAGCAGGCCAAGCUGCGCCUCAGCGCGCUUGCGGCCUCCGGCACGCACCUGCCACAGAUGCCCGCCGCCGCCUACAACCUGGGCGGCGUGGCACAGCCCUCGGGAUUCAAGCACCCCUUCGCCAUCGAGAAUAUCAUCGCUCGCGAGUACAAGAUGCCUGGGGGGCUGGCCUUCUCCGCCAUGCAGCCAGUGCCCGCCGCCUACCCGCUCCCCAACCAGUUGACUACCAUGAGCAGCUCGCUGGGCACUGGCUGGCCACACGUGUACGGUUCCGCAGGCAUGAUCGAGUCAGCCACCCCUAUCUCCAUGGCUAGUGGCGAUUACAGCGCCUACGGCGUACCACUGAAGCCGCUGUGCCACGCAGCAGGCCAGACGCUGCCCGCAAUCCCGGUGCCCAUCAAGCCCACACCAGCCGCAGUGCCCGCGCUGCCCGCGUUGCCCGCGCCCAUCCCCACCUUGCUCUCGAACUCUCCGCCCUCGCUCAGCCCCACGUCCUCGCAAACAGCCACCAGCCAAAGCAGCCCCGCCACUCCCAGUGAAACGCUCACCAGCCCGGCCUCCGCCUUGCACUCGGUGGCGGUGCACUGACCCGCAGCAGCCCGAGCCCCCUCUUGUCC